CGGAGAGUACUGUACAGUGUAGCCAUCAUAGAGCUUUUCCCCCGACUUCUGACAAGGGUGAAUUUCGACUGAUGUUGAUGAAUUACGAUCAUUAUGGUGCAUGUGGUAACACAGCAAGAUGUAGCUGAAGGGGAUGACCAAACGGACGGACUAGGAUCUAAACAAUCUGCGGGUGCAUCUGCAUCCUCAGAUACAUACUGGAAUCAGAGGAGAAAAGAUGAAGACGAAGGUGAUUUAAAAUAUGAGUUUAAUCGCUUGGAAACAUUCCUUUUCUGGCCUGAAGGAUCUGCAGUCAGAGCAGAGGAUCUUGCACGUGACGGAUUUUAUUUUUUAGGACCUGCUGGCCAAGAUCGUGUCCGAUGUGUGUUCUGUGAGGUAGUUCUGAAAGGAUGGGAACCUGGAGAUGUUGUAGCUUACGAUCACAAGAAAUUCUCUAAUGGCUGCCCAUUGAAAUGUCAAGCCCAUGUGGGCAAUGUUCCGUUCUAUGGUCCAUAUGAUAUUUGGAACCCUUUUAACUAUGAAAUGGUUAGCUGGAAGAAAAGAUUGCUCUCAUUUGAAAACUGGCCAAAAUCACUUAUACAGAAACCUAGAGUGCUGGCUGCUUCUGGAUUUUAUUACAAAGGGCGUGGGGAUAUUGUGCAGUGUUUCUGUUGUGGAGGGAUUGUUAGGCAGUGGCUAGAUACAGAUGAUCCUUGGUUGGAGCAUAUGAAGCAUUUCCCAACAUGUUUCCAUAUUCAGGAAAACAUUUCAUACCAUAAAAUGCCAACAUAUCGUCAUGAAGUGUCGCCUUCUGGGCCAAAUCCCAACCAACCAGUACAAACUACAGCAAUGCCAGCCAGCAGGCGAAACGCACUACACCGCUCCACAUCAGAGAUUGCUCUAGAGAUGGGCUACAAGGCAGACCUCAUUACAAUAUACAGGCAGUACCUAAGAUCACAAGGCAGUCAUGAAGCAGAGGACCCCAACCAGUUCAUCCUUGACCUUGAAAGGUUCAAAGUUCAACCAGAAACUCAGCCACCAGGUAAUGUUGGAGAAUACACAACUGAUGGUCCAUCAGAGAAAUUAGAUCGAAAGAAGCGAUUGGAGAGUGUGUCUUCGUUCUGUAGCAGUUGUGAAGGUGUGGACGAACCAGACUGUUGCUAUGUGAAGCUGAACUGUGGCCACAACGCCUGCUGUGAACAGAAUGUUCUCACCAGUGAGAAUUGCACAGAUUGUAAAACACCAGUGAAGGCAUGUCUGAAAGUAAAGAUGAAUCCUGUCAAGGAUACAAGCUCUGCAACAAGAGAUAGUACUAUAUUUAAUUUAGAUUAGUCAUUCCAUGUAUCUGGCAAAAUGACAAAUUUUGUGUGUUAUAAUUAUGUAGCUAAUGUUACAUAUUAUUAACUUCUAUGUGACAAAAUUGCAAAAAAAAAUGUUCAAAUUUAAAUUUUGAGGACAUUAAGUCAAAAUGUAGCGAUGAUUUAUACCAUAAUGUUAAGAUGAACACUUUUGUUUGUUUGUUUGUUUGUUAGCUGGGUUUAUUGCCCCAUGAACAGCCAGGAUCACUUUGAGGCAGGGUCUCAUUGUAGUUGUUAGUGACUAUAUAUGGGAGGCCCAUGGCACAAUUAAUAGCCCGAAUUUCCUCUGGCCCUGACACCAUGUCUGGUGUAGGGACACUAUAUAUACCAGACAUGGUGUCAGGGCCAGAGGAAACUCGGGCUAGCAAGGGAACAAUAGCAUUAAUUACACAAAAGUUACUUUAAAUUAAAGGUUAUGAAACUGACUAUAAAAAUAAAUGUAAUUGCAAUGUUUACUUGAUGAUGCUGAACAAAAACAUUAUUGAUUUUAUUUAAAGUCAUGACAAAAAUGAAUACAAAAAAAAAAUAUGAAAAAAAUAUUCUCAAAUCAGAAUCAUAACGAAAAUAGUAGUAGAGGAACCAGGAUUCCCAAAAUCUAGAGAGAAAAAGAAAUAGAAGGAUUGGGAGAACGGAAAACUGGCUGUAUGAAAAAGAUAACAUCUCCUGAAAUUUAAAAGAUCUUCUGAAAGGUUGCAGAGAGACCAACAGAAAUAUCAGAUGUGUAAUUUUUUGUGUGAAUUUGAAUUAAAAAAACACUAGAUCUAACAUCAAUUACUGACGUUUAAUUACAAAAAAUAAUUAAUUUAUUAAUACUAAACCCAAUUUAAGAUAUUACAUUUUUGUAUAUUGACAUCAUUAACUUAAACUUGUAACAACACUUAUGAUAAUUAUGCUGUGUUAGCUAGCUGGUUUAUAAAAUUGUUAUUACUUAUGAAAUUGACAUAUUUAACCAUAUAAGAUAUCAUGGUAAUAGAAUUAGAUUGUAUAACAUGCAUCUCUUUAUAUUCAUAACACUAAACCUGACCAAUUCAUUUUUUGUACGUUUGUAAGUGAUGGGUCGAUCAUAUUGCAAAUUUGAUAUACACAUCAUUUUGGUAUGUUUGUGAAUUUAUCAUUUUAAGAUCUACUUGGCAUGCAUUUCAUGUUUCUGUAAUUAUUUCAUAGAUUUCAAAUAACUACCUGUAACAAAUUAUAAGAUAUAUAUUAAAAAAGAACACAUACGUAAUAACUUGUUAUACUGCUUCUACCAAGGCAUUUAUAUAGUAAAACCUUGUACUGCCACCGAUAUACAAGGGACUGUGAUAAAGAAAGCAUGUUGUUAUACAGAGCAACUUUAUAUAUAUAUAUACAUAUGUAUAUGUAAUUGGUCAUGUAGUUAUAACGACAGUACAGACAAGUAAAUAAUAAUAUUAAUUGUCAAAUUUUAAAGGCAGUGAUCACAUAUAGACAUAGAACAUGGAACAGUUAGAGAAGUUUAAUAGAUA